UUCUUUCACUAUUUCUAUUGUGAAUUUAUUGUGCUACUAGGACAAUGGAACAAACUGGCCGUGAUCCUAGAGAAUACAAAUAUUUAGUAGGACACCAUAGUGAUGUUACAGCUUUAAGCUUUCAUCCAAUACAAACUAAUCGAUUUGUAUCGAGUAGCUUAGAUAAAACAUUAAGAUUGUGGAGAUUAGAUAUCUGUACGAAAACAAAAUGUGAAAAGGUUGAAGCCCAUGAAUCCGGUAUAUUGGAUGUAUGCUAUUCACCAAAUGGUGAUCUUAUAGCCAGUGCUUCAGAAGAUAGUAUCAGAGUUCAAAUCUCUGAAGGUAGACAUUUUACAAAAUUUGAAGGACAUAGAUCUAAUGUGAGAUCAGUACAGUUUAGUCCAAAGGGAGAUAAGUUGGUUUCUGCAUCAGAUGAUAAAAGUAUAAUUCUAUGGAUACCAUUGAUGGGAAAUUUCACCAAGAUAUUUACAGGACAUACAAGUUCGGUUAGUUGCGUUAAAUUUUCUCCCGAUGGAAAGCUUUUAGUAUCGUGUAGCGACGACCAAACAAUAAAACUAUGGGAUAUUACCAGUGGACGAUGUGUCAAAACUUUUAAUGAUAUAAAAGCUCCCACUAGAUAUGUAGAGUUUCAUCCAACUGGUACAAUUAUUGGAUCAGCAAACGAGGAUGCGUGUAUUAAAUUGUAUGAUUUAAGAACAAAUUCUUUACAUCAGUAUUAUCCUGUUCAUACAGCAGCUGUAAAUAUGGUUAAAUUCCAUCCAAAUGGAAAUUUUAUGUUAACAGCUUCUGAUGAUUCUACAAUGAAGAUUUUAGAUCUUCUAAAAAGCCGUUCAAUAUAUACUCUUGAGGGACAUUCUGAUAACGUAACAUGCAUAACAUUUUCAAACGAUGGUAAGCUCUUCGCUUCUAGUGGCCCGGAUCGACGAAUGCGAAUAUGGAAGUCUAAUAAUUUGUGUGAGGAUGAUAGAACUAGUGACAUUCCACAGUUAAGGUCCAGUGAAUAUGAACUUGGCAAUGUAAAUGAAGAAUUGAACAGCGAUAAACGUGAAGAAGAUACACACGUGAAGCAGGACCAAGCGAACUAUUUGUCAGAUAAAUUAAAAAAGUUGCAUCUAGAAUCAGACAACAGUACAAGACUAUCGGCGAAAAUUAUGAAAUCUAAAAUGAACAUGAAGAACAUAAAACCUUCUCAAGUAGAUUGUGUAGGAAAUACACUCACAGUAGUCUUGCAACAAUCUCAAACAGUCCUACACAAUCAGACAUCUUCCAAUGCAUUUUCAUCCGAUCGCAUUAAAACAGUACAAGAUAAAAUUUUAGAUAAAAUACAAUUAUUACGUUUCCAUUAUAAUGUAUUACAACAACGCUUGGUAAUAAUAGAAAAAGCGCUAUGGAAACUAGAUUUGUAGCGUCUCCGAUUU